AUGGCCACACCAAAUACAUUUAAAGAUUAUUAUGCAUUUCAAUUAAAAAUGACUCAAUCACUUGCAAAUAGUGAAAGACCAGUCAUUAACAAUUUUCCAUUUCUUGGAGAAAAAACAAAUUUCACCAAAGAAUUUGCUGCAACUUGUUUCCUCGGUGCUGUCGGUUGUAUUCCAAAUAUUGGUGCAUUAUUAUGUAAUGUUGUUGGUUUCAUUUUUUUCCCACCAUCACCAAAUUAUAAUAAAGAACUUUGGGAUUCAAUUGUUUCAUCAGUUUACAAUGUUGCCAAUGAUGUUACAUCAACUUUAAAUAAUGCAAGAGUUAAUGGUAUGGUUGAAUCAAUUCAAGGUGAUUUUGGUAAAUAUUAUAUUGCAAAGAAUGCAUUUGAAAAGAAUAAAAAUAUUGCUGAUAUUAAUCUCAAGAAUAAAUAUCGUGAUGAUUAUUUAAAGCAAUAUGACGAUUUAGAAGAUGAAUUAUUAAGAAAAUUAGCAGUUCUUUUAAAUAGUCCAGAUCAAACUAAAUUCGAAGAAAUUAGUGCUUUCACAAUUUUAGCAACAACUCAUCUUUUUGUUUUAAAGGAUGGUAUUAAAAAUGGAAAAACAAUGGGAAUGACUGAUGCAAAAAUUCAAAGUUAUGCUUUAAUUUAUAAUUCAAAAUUACCAAUCUAUUUUGCACACACUAGAUCAGCUUAUAAUGCAGGUGUUAAAGUCAUUCAGAGUUUACCAAAUUUAGAUAACCAAACUAAAUACAAACGUUAUUUAAAUUAUCGUAAUUAUUGUGCACAAUUUGUAUUUGAUUAUGUUGAAACAUGGAGUUGUCUUGAUGAUAUUUAUCCAAAUGGUGUUUACCGUGAGAAUGUUCGUUAUUUAUGGGACUAUGCAGGUGUGCCAAUCGAUGAAACAAAACCAAUGGCAGAAUUUGAUAGUAAUCCAGGUGAUUCAUAUUAUCAACCAUCAAUUGCUGCAAUGGAUAAAUGGAUGGUAGAUACAGGUAUGGAAAGAUAUAAAGGUGAAUUGAAAACUGUUGAUGCUACUUUUGGACAAUUCUUCUUCAUCAAUGUUCAACCAAGUUUCCUUGAUGAAACUAAACCAGGUUUAACUCGUCCAGAAGCAGUAGUUGGUGGUAAUAAUUCAAAUAAAGUACCAACUAAAAAAGCAACAAUUCCAUCUGGAUGUGCAAUUACUGGUUACACUGUUUCAAGUGAUGUUUUACCAAGAAAUCUUUCAAUAAUUCCAAAUGUUGCUAAUAAUUUUGUUUCAUUCACUCCACAUAAAUCAUGGGCAAUUCAAAGAAGAUCUAAACUUUUCUCAUUCUUGGCAAUGGACGAAUGUGUUGAAUACUCUGAAGUUAAAGAUAAAACCUAUAGAGCUCAUAAACUUUCAACUGUAACUGGUAAAGGCAACAAUAGACAAAUUCAUACUUAUGAACACUUUGAACAAUUCAAUCCAGGUUAUGAUGGAUUUUUAGAUUCUUUAUUCUUUGGUUUCCAACCAUGCAAUUUAUUCAAUGAUAAUCAUUUAUUUGGUAAUCAAGCAACAAUGAUAAAUUCUCAAAAAACCAAUGGUAUUCCAGUCGAUGGUGUAUCACUUGCUAGAGAUCAUGUUCUUCCAACAGUUCAUAGUAUUUUGGUUACAAAAACUAAAUCCUUACCAUUCAAAUUCAAAUACUAUGACGCUAAACCAGUCACUACCUCCUAUGUAUUCGGUAUUAGAUAUCAUUCAACCACUCCAGUUGAUAUUUCAAUUCGUAAUGCUGAUGGUGUAACCCAACAAUUGGCAAUGACUUUGAAACCAUGUACUUCUGAUGGUAAAGGAACAAAUGAAUAUAAAACUCAAUUGGCCACUGCUGUUAACCUCACUGAUCCUCGUUUAACAAUUGUCGCUGUUAAUAAUAAUGUUUACAUUCACUCAAUCGUUUUAAUCCCAUCAAUCCCUUUAAAAAAAUAA